AGCGGCAUCCCGCAAGAGGAGCAACAACAACAACAAAUCUGCAGCAAGGCACAGGCAUUCAAUACGCUAUCUUUGAAAAUGGUACCUUUUACGACCUUUCUGCUUUUACUCAUUCUUGUUGGAGCACAGAGUGGUGAAAAUGCUACUGCGCAUGGAAGCAACGCUGGUCCAGCAAACUCAUCCCUGCAAGUCUCUGCAUCCAUUACAUCGGGGACUCCGUCUACCACAGAAAAGGUCCAAAAUGGCACCCCAGCGACCAGCGACCAUGUGUUGGCGUCGUCCAGCACAGACAAUACCUCGAACCCUAUGAGUUUCGGCGACGACAAGAAGACGAGGAACAGGAGUGCCACAUUGAACCCACCUGACUACAUGCGGCCCGGGCGUGCGAAUGUUCUACGACGAUCUCCAUUUUUUCCCGUCAUUGCUUCCAUCGUGGUGGCGGUGAUCUCUGGUACGAGCCUGCUCGUGUUUGCUAUCUUCUGGACUGUUUCUUUCCUGAGUGCUUUCAAGGGCCGCUUCAAGGCCACCAGUGGCCGACUACUGAAGCGAGUCACACGAAGACUGACGACGAGAGGGGACGACACAACUGACCUUCUGCAGAGUAUAAAUCGCUCAGCGUCGGAUCCCAUGUUGCGAGCCGGAUGCAGCGGCGAGGGUCACAAGCGGAUAGUGCCUUACUCACGAAGUCGUUCCGUUGCGUUUGGAAGCACAAAUCAACAUACGAGAAUAGUUUAAAAGUGUGAGACGUAUGUAUGUCACAGAAAAUGCAUGUCACACUCAAGAAAAGAAUACACAUUUUAUUGAACG